AUGCUGCUAACAAACGACGGAGACAACGGCGCAGAAAGUCAGGCCAACGACUACGAUGACGCAGAGAGUCAAACACAAGAUGAUGAGUGUUAUGAUGAUGAACCUGGAUCGACCAAUGGCAAUGAUUUAACAAUUGUACCGAGACGAAACUACCCCAAGUUAGAAAUGAGUGUAAAUAAUAAUACCGUUAGUCAAAAUUUGCAAAGCAGAAUCCGUAUGCAGAACAAAAACAACAAUGGAGAGACACAGCAAUAUGUAGAACGGCAAUCUACGAAUGAUGUGCAUAGUGAAGACUACGAUAACAAUAAAGAUAAUAUUACAUGUCUGCAGUCACGGUACAACGAGGCUCUCCAUGUGCCAAAAUUUGCAAUGAAUUUCAGAGACAUAGAAGACACAAUAAGAAAUUUUGAUGGAAGUAAGAAUUUGUCAAUUCGCUCGUGGUUGGAGGAAUUUGAGGAGAAUGCCAGAGUUAUGUGUUGGGAUGAAUUUCAAAUGUUUAUUUUUGCAAAACGUUCUUUGAAAGGCUUAGCAAAAUUGUUUAUAUCAACUGAGAGGGGCAUAACAUCAUAUCAACAAUUAAAGAAGGCUUUGUUAGACGAAUUUGAUACCGUGGUAAAAAGUUGUCAACUUCACAAAAUGUUGAUGGAAAGGAAAAUGUCAAAAAAUGAGACCGUUGAAGAGAAAAAAGGUAAACAGGAAGGGGAAUUACACACGAUUCCAAAGGGCGAUAUACCACUGCAAACGUAUCACAUCGAUCAUUUAGGACCGUUAGAGUCAACAAGUAAGAUGCAUAAUCAUAUUUUUGCUGUCAUCGACGCGUUCACAAAAUUUUGCUGGCUCUAUCCAACGAAAACAACAUCUGCGCGAGAAGUAAUAACUAAAUUGCAACAACAAAGCUUAACUUUUGGAAAUCCUGUCAACGUAAUCUCAGACCGUGGUUCAGCUUUCACUAGCGAAGAUUUUAAAAACUAUUGUGACACGGAGAACAUUAAUCACAUGAAAAUAACAGCAGGUCUUCCGAGAGCAAAUGGACAAAUCGAACGACUAAACUCAGUUAUCAUCUCCGUUUUAUCAAAACUAAGCAUAGCAGACCCUACGAAAUGGUACAAAUAUGUUGGUGAUGUACAAAGAAUAAUAAACUCAACAUACCACCGUAGAAUCAAGAGUACUCCAUUUGAACUGUUAGUUGGUAUUAAGAUGAGAACAAAAGAUGACGUCAAAAUUAAGGAGCUAAUCGAAGAAGAGUUUAUGAGGGCAUACGAUGAAGAUCGAAAUGAAUUACGACAGAAAGCUAAACAACAAAUAUUGGAUGUUCAAGCUGAAAAUGUGAGAACGUAUAAUUUUCGACGCAGAGCUGCUACAAAAUAUAAGAUUGGUGACUUAGUUGCUAUUAAAAGAAUCCAACUUGGCGGAGGUCUAAAAUUAAAGCCGAAAUAUUUAGGUCCAUAUCGUAUCAUCAAAGUCAAGCCUAACGAUACAUAUGAUGUCAUAAAAUGCGGUAACAAUGAAGGCCCUAAGCAGACGACAACUUGUGCUGGAUUCAUAAAGCCCUGGCCCAGAGGAGAAUAUGACGACGAUGAACUAUUUUCGCAGGAUGGCCGAGUUGUGGAAACAGAAGUUUGA